AUGAAUUAUUUAUUAUCUAAUUGGGCAAAGAAAACUUUUGGUAGAAUGACAAUGGUAACAGUAACAGAAAAUGAUUUAAAGCUUGUUCUAAGUGAUGCGGAAAAGAAAAUCUGUGGAUUUUUAAACGAUUAUGCAGCUUUUUAUAAUCAAAAGAACCCAACUUCUAAACCGUUGGAGCUAAGAAUUACUGGUGGCUGGGUUAGAGACAAGCUGUUAGGAUAUGAUUCUCACGAUUUAGAUAUUGCCAUUAAUUUAAUGACAGGUGAGCAAUUCGCCAUUCAAUUGGGAGACUAUUUAAGGGAAAACUAUUCUAAAUAUAAGGUUACGCCCAACAAUGUUCAUAAGAUUGAUAAAAACCCUGAAAAAUCCAAGCAUUUAGAGACUGCGACUACAAAACUUUUUGGAAUGGAGGUUGAUUUUGUCAAUUUAAGAUCAGAAGAAUAUACGGAACAAUCAAGAAUUCCAAUCGUUAAAUUUGGCACGCCCGAAGAAGAUGCAUUAAGAAGGGAUGCAACAUUAAAUGCACUUUUUUACAACAUCAAACAGAAUAAGGUGGAAGAUUUUACAAGAAGGGGUAUUGAAGAUUUGAAAAGCGGGAUCUUAAGAACUCCAUUACCACCGAGACAAACUUUCCUGGAUGAUCCGUUGCGUGUAUUAAGAUUGAUUAGAUUUGCAUCCAAAUACAACUUUAAAAUCGACGGUGAGGCUCUAAAUGAAAUGAAUAAUCGUGAUAUUAAUAUGGCUUUUGGUUCCAAGGUUUCAAAGGAAAGAAUUGGUGUAGAAGUUGAUAAAAUUUUACGAGGACCAAAUCCUUUAUUGGGAAUUUCUUUAAUUCAACAAGCACAUAUUGAUAAUGUUGUUUUUGUGUGGAAUAACGAUCUAGGAUUGGUAGAAUUUAAUAAAGAACAUGGUGAAGAUUGGAAGACAAUUGAUGGAAUUUAUCAAAGCGGUCGACUAAAUCUUCAUAUUAAAGAACUGGUUACACGUUUACCUGACUUUAUGAAUAAAUGGCCAGCUUUGCUAUCACACUGGCAAAAUGCAGCAUCAAAUUUUAAAAAAUGUUUCCUAUUGAGCAACGUAUUAUUACCAUUUUCACAGCUACGGGUUAUAUGGACUACAAGGAAGAAGAAUAAUAAUACCAUGUCAAUUACCGAAAGUAUUUUGAAGGACGACUUGAAAAUUGGUAAGAAUGAAUCAGCUCAAGUGGCAAAAAUUGUCGAUUCAAACAGACAAUAUGCAGAAAUGGUUUCUGGAUUUUAUUCCCACAGAAAUGAACCGGAAUUUGGUAGAUCAUUCGUGGGUAAUUUCUUGAGGGUUUACAAAGGUGAUUGGGAAAUUGCACAUUUCACAGCUUUCUUUUUUCAACAUUUACAAAAUGAACCGAUUGCUGAUCAGUAUGAAUUUUUCCACAAAUAUAUCUUUGAACAGAAUUUACAAACUUGUCAUGAAUUAAAACCAUUGAUCAACGGUAAAGAAAUGGCAAGUUCAUUGGGAUUAAAAGGUGGCCCAUGGUUAGGUGAAAUAAACGAUAGAGCAAUUACCUGGCAAUUGGAUAACCCUAACGGAACAAAAGAGCAUUUAUUAGAAUAUAUAAAAGGUAUUAUCCAUGAACAUGUAUAA